UUCUUUGAAGUGCAACUUCACUUCUGAAGAAUUUGACUUCCCUGCAGACCUAGUGCUAAAUACAAACAACGAUGCUUGGAGCUUUGACUUUCCUGCUGAUUGGCUCCUUGCCUCAGGGUGUCCUGUGUGGAGAUUGGAGGGUCAUUGUGCCACAGAAAGUAGAAGUUGUGAAAGGAUCCUGUGUGACCUUCCCCUGCUCCUUUGAUGUACUUGAUAACUUUAAACAACACCUAAAUAACAGGUGUAAAGCAAUAUGGAAGAACGAUAGCAAUCCAAGGAUUACUAUAAGUCCAGCAAUGACAGGAGACUUAACAAAGAAAGACUGCACCUCAACCUUCAAUAAUAUGAUUGCUAAAAACAGCCGUCAGUAUUACUUCAGACUGGAGUGUCCAAAUGAUCUGAAAUACAGUUUUGCAGAUCGUCAUGUGAAUUUGGUCGUCACAGAUGAUCCUCCUGCACCAAACCUGACUCUGUCUCCUCUGGAGGUGAAGGAGGGAUCCUCAGUGAGUCUGACAUGCUCUGCUCCAGCUCCCUGUCAGACUCUUCCUCCAACUCUGACAUGGACCCCCAGUCUGGGUGACGUUCAAGAGCAACUGCAGGAGAAUGUGGACAAAACUAAAGUCAAGAGGUCUGUCCUGACCUUCACUGCUUCUCACCUCCAUCAUGGACAGAUUAUCUCCUGCACUGUGGUCUACAAGAAACAAGAUGGCAGCAGAGAUGCAUCUGAAAGCAGAAGUUUAACAGCUGCUGUUUCCUAUUCCCCUAAAGACACCACAGUGUCAGUCAGUCCCUCUGGUCCAGUCCAACAGAGCAGUAAUGUGACUCUGACAUGCACAAGUAAUGCAAACCCAGCAGUAAGGAGCUUCACCUGGUACAGAGAUGAUGGAAGCCAGGAGACUGUCAUUGGAACUGAAGCCGUUUUAAUCAUUCAAGCAUCUAAAGUCAGUCGGCCAUUUUUCUGUGAGGCUGCAAAUGAUGUUGGAGUUGGACAUUCUGACCUGAGACAGAUAGAUGUUCAAUAUUCCCCUAAAGACACCACAGUGUCAGUCAGUCCCUCUGGUCCAGUCCAACAGAGCAGUAAUGUGACUCUGACAUGCACAAGUAAUGCAAACCCAGCAGUAAGGAGCUUCACCUGGUACAGAGAUGAUGGAAGCCAGGAGACUGUCAUUGGAACCAAAGCCGUUUUAAACAUUCAAGCAUCUGAAGUCAGUCGGCCAUUUUUCUGUGAGGCUGCAAAUGAUGUUGGAGUUGGACGUUCUGACCUGAGUCAGAUAGAUGUUCAGUUUCCUCCACAGAUCCUGCCGUCAUCUGAUUGCACCACAACUGCAGGCCAGAUCAACUGUUCCUGUGAGACUGUGGGAAAUCCUUUUCCCACUUUACACUGGUCUUUGGAUGGUCAGCCUGUCAGUCAGUCUGACAAGUUUGUGAUCAGCAGUGAGCGUCUAAAUAAUCACAAAGGUCUGAGGAGCUUCAUCACUGUGACUCAACCACAAGAGAUUGAUUGUUUCAUCUUGAUCUGCCACAGCUUCAACUCUCAUGGAUUUGCCAGUCAACAAUUCUACCCUGAGCAUCAAGCAUGUGCUGAAAGUCAAGAUCAAAUGCUGUUGCCACUUUUCAUUACCACAUCUGCCAUUUUACUUGCACUUGUGUGUGUUCUGCUAUGUGUUAUCAGGAUUCUGAAGAACCGCCAAAACCCUAACAGUCACCUCACAGGUGAAAUCAGCCGAGUCGCUACGAGCCAACAUCUGAUAAGAGAGGCAAAUGGGGUACCUAACACAACAGAAGACAAUAUUUAUGCCAACACCGAAAGCCUGAGACAACCACAUACUGCCAACCUUCCAACUGUUACUGAGCCAAAUGGCACCACUGUGCCAAACUCUGGGCCAAACAAUGCAGAAGGAGUAGGUAAAAGCUCAGAGAAGAAUGAUGAGGAGAGCAAUGUCAUUUACUCUACUGUGUCUUGGAAGAGCAAGAACAAGAAGGGAGCAGAUUCUGCAAACAUGAAUCCAUCUGGUGGUUCCUAUCUGGACCAAGAGAAGUCAAUGGUGGGGGGUGUUGGCAGAAAUUUUAUGAGCAAUGCACUGGAGAUGGGAAACCUGUAUGAUGAAGUGGGGCCUAGAAAUGUGAGGAAGGAAGCAGAGUGUGAAUAUGCUCAGGUUACAUUUAAGGGGAAGAGUUCAAGCAAAAAAUAGAUGAUGUUUUGCACUGUGGAAACAUCUGUCUUGCUCUCUUAUGUGUAUGUUUUUGGUGUAAUUAAGCAAAUGUACAGAAUUUUGGCCUGUCUUGUACAAAUGUUUGGAGGAAACUGCAAUAGCAGAAACAUUCUGUCAGUAACGUUGUUUUAAAUGACAGUCUGACUGAUAUUAUAUUAUUUGUUCAUAGAACUGAAAGUUUUUAUUUCAAACAUAUACUGGAUCCACAUAUUGGCUCUUACUGAUUACUAAUAAUUUGUAUCGGCCCUGAAAGAAAUGUAUCAUCUGAUUUCUAGUUUUUAAAGAUUUUGUCUGAUUUAGUUGUUUUUUGUUUUGUUUUUUGAUGAAGAACAAUUUCAUCACAUUGUAAAUACACAAUCAUUUUAAUGAAGAUGAACAAUUUUCACAAUUUCCACUGUCAAUGCAAAAUAAUAUGAAAUGCUUUAUAUUUACAUAUGCUUUUUUUUAAUGCUGAUGGUUACAUGUAAAAAUCUCAUGGUAUUUUACACUUAUUUGCUAGUUUAGUAUAAGCUGUUUAAUGCAUUAAUUUUAACAUUUGUUUAUGUGGAAAGUGCAGUUGUUGAAAUUAUAUUGUGGAAGAGAGUCAGGGGAUGCAGAAAAUACCUUUUCCCCCAAAAAAAUAACAGUCUCUAGAGUAUUUCCUCAUGUUUUAACUUUUAACAGUUUCGAGCAUAAUUAUCAAUCGUGUUAUGUAAGAAGAGAGUUAUUUAUCUGUCUUAUCUAAGCUAUCUAUGUCAUAAAUAUAAGCUUAAAUGUAUAUUUUUUUCAAUAAAUAAUUUUUUAUUUUUUAUUUUUAGCAAAUACUCGCUUACAUUUAGCAUUGUGUGGUUGGUAUUCAUUGACAUACACAGACUGGUUAUGAGGUUGAGCUGCUGGCAAGUGCACUAACUGUGUGAGUAACUUUCAUGGAUGUGUUAUCUCCUUGCUUUUGUGAUUUCUGAUGUUCCAUACCUCUGUGUUUCUGUAGCAGAGGUGACAUAGCCCCAUUAGGUGGCUGAUGUGAUCAGCAUACAGUAAUUCAACGAUGCUAUUUCCCACCACUUAAUUAAAUGUAUGCUUGCAAGA